UCACGCGGAUAGAAUCUGUGGAAUCUGUCGCGAGUGUUCCUGCGCGGCCGGAGAGCAUCCCGAUAGAGCGCGAGGUCCGCUCGGACGUGCUCGGUCGGUCGGUGCUCGGUGCGGUGUCGGCGGUACCGCGUGGAGGCGGAGGCAGAGAGGGACCUGCGCUGGACCCCCCCUGGCCGAAUCGGAGCAUCCCAAUCCCGGCAGCGGCAUCCAUCCCUCCGAGCCUCAGCUCCAGCGGGAGGCCGGGAGCGGCGGCAGGAUGUAGCAGCGGAUUAACGGAGGAGAGAGGGGCGCUCAGAGGAAGAGAGCGGGACCGAGCGGACCGAGGCGGGACGGAGGGGACAUGGGGAAGGACCAGGAGCUGCUCCAGGCCGUCAAGACCGAGGACUUGCUGACAGCUCAGCGGCUUUUACAGAGACCACGGCCAGGGAAAGCCAAGCUUCUCGGAGCAGCGAAGCGAGUAAAUGUCAACAUCCAGGAUGCAGACGGGCUGUCGCCGCUGCAUCACGCUGCUCUGAGCGGGAACAAGGAGCUGAUCUCGCUGCUGUUGGAGGCCCAGGCAGCAGUGGAUAUCAAAGACCAUAAAGGAAUGCGUCCUCUGCAUUAUGCUGCAUGGCAGGGGAAGACUGAACCAAUGAAAAUGCUGCUAAAGGCUGGAUCUUCAGUCAACGGACAGUCAGACGAAGGACAGAUCCCGCUCCACCUGUCAGCUCAGCAUGGGCACUACGACGGGUCAGAGAUGUUGCUGCAACACCAGUCCAACCCCUGCAUCUCAGACGCAGCUGGGAAAACUCCGCUGGACCUUGCUUGUGAAUUUGGACGAGUCGGAGUUGUCCAGCUCCUGCUCAGCAGUAACAUGUGUGCGGCCAUGCUGGAACCGAAACCCUCCGACCCCAACGGAGUGUCACCUCUGCAUCUCGCUGCCAAGAACGGACACAUAGAAGUCAUACGGUUGCUGAUUCAAGCUGGGAUAGAUAUCAACAGACAGUCCGAGUCAGGCACGGCGCUACAUCAGGCUGCCCUCUGUGGGAAAACAGAGGUAGUUCGUCUGCUGCUGGAUAGUGGCAUCAGUGCAGGAGUGAGAAACACUCUGAGUCAAACUGCCCUGGACAUCGUUAACCAGUUCACCACCACGCAGGCCAGUCGGGAGAUCAAACAGCUGCUGAGAGAUGCUUCGGCUGCAAUGCAGGUGCGAGCGCUGAAGGAUUACUGCAACAACUACGACCUCACCAGCCUCAACAUCAAAGCUGGAGACAUUAUUACGGUUUUAGAGCAGCACUCCGAUGGACGAUGGAAAGGCUGUAUUCAUGACAACCGCACCGGAAACGACCGCGUGGGCUACUUCCCCUCCAACAUGGUGGAAGUCAUCAAGAGGGCAGGUUCACGGACUGCAGAGCUGAGUCCACAAGGCUCUCCUACUUUGGGACAGCAGAGCAGCACCAGUGAGGACAUCUGGGUGCUUCGCAAACCGCUGGCAGGUGGCGAUCGCAGUGGCAGCGUGGGCAGCCUCGGCAGCGUUCGGUCAUCCAGCAGCCUGCAGGGCUCUGGGAACACACACGUCCUGACCACGCCUGCACCCAGCCCACACCCUGCACCCACACCUGGAGUCAACACCCACGGCCUUAACGCUCCAGGCCUGCACGCACAAGCAGAGGGGGUCAAGCUCCUGGCCACCGUGCUGUCUCAGUCGGUAAAAGCCAAGGAGCAUCUAUUGGAGCAGUCGCAGUCUGUUGAGCAGUCAGCAAGCUCUUCUAGUUGCACAGUUCACGAACAGCGGUCGUUUGAACGAAAGGCAGAAGAGGAUGAUGGGAAAAAGCAGGCAGUAGUGACGUGGCUGGGUGAGUUUCAGCUGCAGUUCUACACCACCCACUUCCUCACCGCGGGAUAUGAUCUAGACACCAUUAGCCGCAUGACCCCCGAGGACCUGACGGCGAUUGGGGUCAUGAAGCCCGGACAUCGAAAGAAGUUAACGUCAGAGAUCAGCAAGCUUCCCUCCACAGACUGGCUGCCGGACCACAAGCCUGCCAAUCUGGGAGACUGGCUGUCUCACCUGGGCCUUAGUCAGUACUACCAGGUUCUUGUGCAGAAUGGGUACGAAAACAUUGACUUCAUCUCUGACAUCAGCCUUGAAGAUCUGCAAGAGAUCGGCAUUACUAAGCUCGGCCAUCAGAAGAAGAUCAUGUUGGGCGUGAAGAGACUGAAGGAGCUACAGAGAAGAGAAAGUGGCUCUGAGCCUCCUCAGAGUCCCUCCACGCCUCCAUCCAGCCCAGGUGGCAGCACCGCCUCAGAGCCACGGAGGGAGGUGAGGAAGCAGAGGGACGGUGCUCCCAGCCCGCUGGCCAAACCUCGCCCAGGGCUUGCACAUUCACAGACCCCUCCCCUCACCCCGACCCAGACCCCACCACAAACCCCGCCUCACGGCCGGACGCAGCAGGCCUCCCCCAGGGCUCGACCGCGUCCCUCCACCCAGAUGUCAGCAGAUCCGUCGGUACCGCUGCUGCGGCUGCCCAGCGAGGAGGAGGAGCGACGCAGAACUCACAGUCUAAUUGGCUCAGAAUCAGACUCUAGAUACGCCACAGUGUGCCGCAGCAGCUCUGCAAAUCCUUCCUCUAAUGAUGUCACCGUUAACCGCAGCCAGUCCUCUGUCACCCUCCGCCCCCGUCGGAAAGGUCGGCCCCCGACUCCGCCCAAACGCUCCUGUUCCUCCAUUACCGGGGGUGACGGGGAGGGAGAGGGACAGGUAGAGGGCUUGCUUGGGCUGCCAACCUAUCGAGAGCGGCGAGCCAGCGACUGCGGCAGCCUGGGAGCAGCUUUAAGAGCUCAGGAAGCGGGUCUGCAGAGAUCAGAGGGGGCUUCUGGGAGCGUUCGCAGCCUGGCGGCCAUGCUGGAAACAUCCAUCGUGGGUGGAACCAAACCGGUGCAGAGGAACAUGGGAGGCACCACCAACUACCUACAGGUGAGUCCGCCGCUGCUUCGUCGACAGGCAGGUGCAGGAGGCCUUGGAGCUGAGGAGGAUGAUGUCUUAAAUCGGCGCAGGACCAUCAGUGGAAUUGAAGCCCUCCCCGGUGAUCAAGCUGACCAGUUGCCUCGGCAACCAGUCCAGCAGCGCCCAGAGCCCCGGCCUCGCUCCACCGUGGUCACCUCAGCAUCAGAGAUCACCGACGGCACGGCGACGCUCCGAAGGAAGCCGCGUCCUCCUGCAGCGGAAUCUGAAGCACCUGCAUCUGUGUCCACCACUGUCAUCACCAUGACAACUGGCACCGACACCAUACGCAGGAGGCCUCGCACAUCCGAGCAUCCAGACCAUCUCAUUCAGAGCAAAAACCAACCAGAUUCUCCCAGCAGUCCAGCAGAUGGAAGCCGGAAAACUGAAGGCGAGCCGCAGCAGAACGGCGGCGUGGUCCUGAGGCGGCGGCCGGUGUCUGAGGUCUCUGAGAGGACCGAGACCAGAGAGAGCUGCGAGUGGAUGGAGGCCAGGAAGUCUCUGAAGCCACCAGUCUCACCCAAACCAUCCACCGUCACCCUGAGGAAGACUCAAGCUGACCCCCCGACCCCGACUCGCAGGGUCCCCAUACCUGGACCUGACGAUGCUGAGACGGCACAGAGCCCCGAGCCGAAGAGGGUCCCUCCUCCUGUAUCCCCGAAGCCCCGCGGGCCUCCAACGGCCCCUAAACCAGGCAAAGCAAUAGUAGCUUCAGCUACCAUGAGCCCGACUCCUGCUGCUACCAGUCCAGCUGCUGCCAGCCCCACCCCGGCCCCCAAACCCUCCUCCCCGCCCUCUGCUGCUCCUCUUCCAGCCCCUGACACCCCCUCUGGUCCCUCUCUCUCCCCGGGACUCCCUCUUGCUUCCCCUUCCCCGGCCCAGAGUCCCUCCACCCCCUCACCGCACCCCGUCAAACCUCCACGCUCCUCCAUCGCCGGCCUCUCCAUUGACCUGCUGGGUGGACGGGAGGCGGAGGAGGAAGAGGAGAAGAGGAGAGAGGAAGAGGAGAGGAGGAAAGAGAGGGAGCACAAGAGGCACAAACAGGAGGAAGAGGAGGAAGAGAGGAAGAGAGCAGAGGACGGGAGCGUGAAGGAGCCGGAGAAGAAACCCUCCAGGAGGGAAGGAUCGAGAGAAGAGGGGGAGAGUCGAGUGGAGGAGGCAGAGCAGGAGGGAGAAGCUCAGCAUCGUCUGGAGGAGACCAGUGCCUCUCUGGCUGCAGCUCUGCAGGCUGUAGAGCACACAAUCAAGGAGGAGGACACGCAAAAUGACUCCGUUUCCAGCAAAAAGGCAACAGUCUCCAUCUUGGACGACAUCGGCAGCAUGUUUGACGACUUGGCAGACCAACUGGACGCAAUGCUUGACUGAUCUCCCGCCCACAUCUCAUUUCCAACAAGCCCUUUCCCUCUCUUCCCCCAUCAUGUGUAGGUGUAUCAAGAAAACUCUCCCAAGGCUGGAUGCCGGCGCUCGGAGAUGGUGUGUUCGAGCGCGCUUCCCUCCUGCGCGAGCGCUUCUCAUGUAGCCUUGUACAGUACUGAGGAGGGGGUCCUCUCUGUCUGGUGCAGUAGCUCUAGUCCACCUCCUGAUGCGAGGAGGCCGCUCCCACACAACCUCUGACCUCUUGCAGCCUCAGACGGCUGUGUGGACCGAGAAGCACAAUCAUUUUCCUCAUCCUUUUAUCUCUACAGACUCUGGCUAUGACAGACAUGCUAACUCAGUCAGACAGGGAGACAAACAGAUAAGCAUAUUGCUUGCAAAAAAAAAUAAGCACAUUAACUGUCUGACAGGCAGAUAGAUAGCUAGAUAGAUAAACAAGAUACAUACUGAUGAGAUACCGGAGAGAAUUUUUAAAAGCUCACGGAAAGACAGGCCCCUUUCUGAGUCUGUCUCUCUCUCCUGCAAUGUCAAAAGGAUGCAUUUUUCCAGUCGAAUCGUAGCCUCUAUUUCUCUUCUGUAUGAGUGGAGGAUUGUGGUUAGCCGGACUUCCUGACCUGUGUGUUGUCUCUGUUCACGUUGUUGUUGUUGCCGUUGCUGUUAUCGUUGCCGUUGUUGUCGUUACGAGUGUGUUUAGUCCCUGCUGAUGCUCAUGUCAAUGUCCUCCCACUCGUACAGUAUUUAUUCUAAUGAUCAGAAAGAUGAUAUAGAUGUGUGUCCAUGAAUUUUGAGACACAAACACACACACAAACACGCACACACAAAUGCACAUUACAUUUGGUUUUAAUCUUGCUGGUGUUCUGCUUCGUUGGUGUUUAGCUCCACGUAUGGAGGUUUGCUUGGAAAUUAACUGACAACACGUACACGACAAAGACUGACUGCACACAUUCACACGCAAACACACACAUGCACAAGCACAUUCAUGCGGUAUAUCCCUUUGUCCUGCUGCAGUGAACAGUGUUUUUAAAAGAUACUCCUAUAUUUCAAUGCUUUAUAUAGUACAUCCAGUAUACAUACAUACAUAGAGUUUCUAAUAUACCUGGGUAUUUGAGCUGUUAGAGCUCCCUCUAGUGUUGGUUAGUGAAACUGCCUCUAAUCUGCCCUCCUUCCAUCUCGUCUCCCCCAUUUUAAUCCCCCUCCGUGUCUCGUUGACUCUGCAUCUCUCUGUGCCUUCGUAGUGUUAUUCAUAUAUUCUUUUUUUUUUUUUCCUUCUCUUGUCACCUACUCCAUGAUGUUUAAUGGUUUUUCUGGUUCCUUACAAAUCCCCUCCGUGUGUCUGUGACGUCAAAAGUAGCUUAUAGGUUGAGUUGUGAGUCCCUAAAUUCAGUCACCCUGUCUGCAACCUCCUGUAACCAUUGAGAAGCCUCGUACGAGCCCAUAAACAACCCCUCUUCCUCCCUCCCCCGUAAGCUGUAAUAAGUUGGCUCCGCUCAUCCUCGGGUCCCCCAGUUUCCAGUGGUCUCCCAUGUAAGCCAGACAGUGGAUCAGCCACCAGUGUUCAUCCCAAUGAAAAGAGUCCACUUGUAUUUUUAUGCUCUUUGAAAACAAAGAUAUAUUUGAGAGACAGAUGGUUCUAUGUGAAUAAUAAUAAUAAUAAUAAUAAUGAUAAUAAUGAUGAUGAUGAUAAUUAUAGACAUUGAAUUGAGGUGAGCUGGUUGAGCCUGUGCAUUUAUGGUUGAGUUCUGGAUGUGUUGUGACGGCUGUUGUGCCAUGGUUGGGUUUAGGUUGUGUUUCUGCUGUGACGAUGCAUUCCUGUACAGCUGUGAUCAGAAUAAAUGUAUAAAUUAAACCUCA